UUAUGGGGCCCCCGGGCAAUAGGGGAUCAUGGGGCCCCUGUGUCAUUGCCCAAACUAAAAAAAGCCUAUGAAAAAGGUACCAGGGGCAUCUCAUGGGGCCCCCUACUGACCCCGGGCCCUCGGGCAGUGCCCUAGUUUCCAAAUGGUCAGUCCGCCCCUGACUAUGUCCUUCAAUAGGAAGUGCUGUUACUGGCAGGAUCUCCAAGUAAGAAACUUUGCAACAGAUUCACCCAAAAUGACUUGCUUAAGAAAACUGUACACGAGACUUGACACCAAACAUAAUGAAAAGUAGAUAUUGAUUUUCCAUAUAUUUUAAUGGCUAAUAC